GCGCGCCGAUCUACCGGAAGUCGCUGUGGUGCUCGGGAGAGCCGGCUCGGCCCUUGAGGAGCCGCCGGCCGGAGCUAGGUGGUCCGCCCCAGCUUGGGGUCCCCCCGUUGGUCGGGGCGCGUCUCCUGUGCCGGGGGAGAGCUGGAGCCGCCGCCGCCAUGGGGAAGAGGCAGCACCAGAAGGAUAAGAUGUACAUAACAUGUGCAGAAUACACGCACUUUUAUGGAGGAAAGAAAUCAGAUAUUCCACAAGCAAAUUUUAGACGUUUAUCUUUUGAUCACUGCAGUUUAUCUCUGCAACCAUUCGAAUAUCCAGUUUGCACACCAGAUGGAACAGUCUUUGAUUUGCUGAGUAUUGUUCCUUGGAUAAAGAAGUAUGGGACCAACCCAAUCACAGGGGAGAAACUAGAUGCCAAAUCUCUUGUCAAGCUAAACUUCGCUAAAAACAAUGAAGGUAAAUACCACUGUCCAGUGCUCUUCACUGUCUUCACCAAUAACUCCCAUAUAGUGGCUAUCAAGACGACUGGAAAUGUAUUUGCUUAUGAGGCAGUUGAGCAGCUGAACAUAAAAACAAAAAGCUACAAGGAUCUCCUGACAGAUGAACCCUUUACUCGGCAGGACAUCCUGACACUGCAGGAUCCAACCAAUCUGGACAAAUUUAAUGUCUCCAACUUCUUCCAUGUUAAAAACAACUUAAAGGUGACAGACCCAGAUGAAGAGAAAGCAAAAUUGGAUCCAUCUUACUAUCUGAAAAAUACAAAUUUAGAGACCCGAGAGACUUUACUGGAGCUGUAUAAAGAAUUCAAAGGAGAUGAUAUUCUAGCAGCUACAAUGAAGGCCCCAGAAAAGAGAAAAGUGGAUAAGCUGAAUGCAGCUCACUAUUCUACAGGGACAGUAAGUGCUUCCUUCACAUCCACUGCCAUGGCCCCAGAAACAACACAUGAAGCAGCUGCCAUUGAGGAGGACGUUGUGCGAUACCAGUAUGUGAAGAAAAAAGGUUAUGUACGACUGCACACUAAUAAAGGAGACCUGAACUUGGAGUUGCACUGUGAUAUGACACCCAGAGCAUGUGAAAACUUCAUCAAGCUAUGCAAGAAGAACUAUUAUGAUGGAACUAUUUUUCACAGAUCAAUUCGUAAUUUUGUGAUUCAAGGAGGUGAUCCUACCGGAACAGGAAUGGGAGGAGAGUCCUAUUGGGGAAAACCUUUUAAAGAUGAGUUUAAGCCAAAUCUGUCCCACACUGGACGUGGUAUUCUUAGCAUGGCCAAUUCAGGACCCAACAGCAACAAAUCACAAUUCUUUAUCACUUUUCGCUCCUGCACAUACCUGGACAAGAAGCACACAAUUUUUGGAAGAGUGGUUGGUGGUUUUGAGGCUCUGACAGCUAUGGAGAAUGUGGACAGCGAUCCAAAAACAGAUCGUCCCAAGGAGGAAAUACGAAUUAAAUCAAUAACUGUUUUUGUUGAUCCGUAUGAAGAGGCAGAUGCUCAGAUCUCUGCAGAGAGAGAAAAGGCCCGACAAGAGGAGGAAGCAUCCAAAACCAAGACUAAGGCUGUCCUGCCAAAGAAAGAGAGCCAGGCUCCCAAAACUUACCGGCCGGGCAUUGGGAAGUAUAUUAAUAUGGCUGCAGCAAAACGAACAGCAGAUGAUGAGGGGCCUUCAACCAGUGCAGCUGUGAAGAAAGAGAAAAGGAGCACAGGCUUUGGGGACUUCAGUUCCUGGUAGCAGAGUGGAGAGCCUGUCACUGGAGCAGAACAGCAAAAAAGAGCCUUCCACCAACCCCAAGGGGCCUGAAAGGCAGGCUGUCCUGGGGAGGGAAAGCACUGGCCCACCCUUCUAGUGGGGAAGAAAAUCACUGCUUUGUUAAAGCUCCUUAAUGCAGCUUUGUUCUCUAGAGAGCUACAUUCCUCCAACUGCAUCUUCCUCGAAGCCCUGGGUUAUGCUGGGUUUUACAGCCGUGGAGUGGGCACCCCCACUGCUCUUUCAGACUGUUGAUUAUC